CAAACAGGAAACGGAACCGCUGGAAAGCAAUCUCUUAGCUUGCCUCUACGUGCAAAAAUCGCCACUAAGUUACAGAUAAAGAUAAUACAUUACAAAUCAUGGAUGUGCGACGGAGAAUAGGCAUUCAAAAACAUCGUAUACUAGAUGCUAGACAAAAGUUAAACACAAAAACAACUUUGAAAGAUGCUAGAUUCCGUUUAGUAAACAAAAGAAAAUUUUCAAAUCAGCUUGCUGAUGCACGGGCAAAACUUGUUAAAAAAGGUUUAUCCGAUGCGAGGUAUUUAUUGAAAAAGAAAUCACCUGGUAACGGAGCAAACAUUAAAAUAAAAGUUGACAACAAAUCUGGGAAAGGAAAACCAGCCGAAAUGAAAAAUUUUCAAAUAAUUGCAAAAAACGACAAAAAUAAAAAGAUUCUCCCUGGUCCUAGCGGCUUUCCAAAGUUUCGGAUUGAAAAUGAAAAAUUUAAAACAAAUAUUACAAUAUCGCGAGGUGUUGCUAGGAAAAGACCGUUUACCAAAAAAAUUACUGAAGCGGAUGAGGAGGAGGAAGAAGAAUACGAAGAUGAUGAUAAUUUUGGGAAAAUCCGUAUGAAAGGAGUAAUAGCAGAAGAUGAAGAUGAAAUUGACAAUAUAAUCCCGAUGAAAAACAGACUAAUAGCUAAGAAACCUAAAACUAUUCAACGAAAGAUGGAAAGUACUUCUUAUGAAGAAUAUGUUAGUCCUAUUCAAGGCUUUCGAAUAGCUGUUAGUAAUCUACAUAGAAAAGUAACACAUGACGACAUUGUAGAAUUAUUUGGUAAUAUUGGCACUUUAAAGAGAGCAAGAUUAAUUAAGGAGGGAAUUGCUGAAGCGGUAUUUGUCAACAAAUCUGACGCCAUAGAGGCAGUAAAUAGAUAUCAUAUGAGAGAAUUGGAUGCUCAACCAAUGCAUGUAACCUUAACAACUGUUGGCAAGCCGUUUCCCAAGCAAAAGUUAUCCUUCACUUAUAAAAGAUCCUCAAAUGAAAUUCUCAACGUCGAUCCAAAGAUUGCUCAUCAAGUUCUAUUUGGAUGCACUUCAAGGAAUGAUCCAGCUAAUAGACCUGUCAGUUUUACGGUUAAAUUGGAUGUAGAUGAGGAUUGA